UUGUCUAUGAGCUGCUUCCUUUCUUUCACUCGGUAAUUUUUUAUUCAACAAUGAAUUUAUAAUAUCACUGUUUUCAAUCAAAGACGCUUCCAAAUAACGUGGUUAUAUAUUAUGUAUUUCUAUUAUUCAUCCUUAGUAAACAAAUAAUCUGUAGUCUUGAAUUUGUAACUGAAUGUUGGAGAGGUUAGUUUUUGUUCGUUAGGAAAAAAACAGUUUUUUAUCACAGUUCCCUUUGUUUCUCGGCAACAAGGCAUGGAUUUCGUGAAAAGGGAAGACCAAGCAAUAAUCGACGAUGAACUGCAACAGCACUAUAAGCUUUACAUGGAGAAUGCUCAGAAAACGCACCACAUGGAGACCGGGGACUACCAGCACGCGUUGUCAAUGGAGCAGCUCCACCAAAUACAGACCUCCAUCAACACCACGAUAGCCCACAACUUCCAGCUGCCGCUGUCUCCUCGGCAGAUCUCCACGCUGAUGCUGAAGACCAACCAUUUUAACCAGAUACCGGCUCAUCUACCGAGAAACUUAGAGGUAGACCUAGUGCAGAACUUAAACGAUCUAACUCAAAUGAGGAACGAAGAUAUAAUCAAUCAGAAUUUGAGAUUAAAUGAGCUAGAGCUGCAGGCGGCCCAGAAUCUUCAGCUCAACGAGCAGGAGCUGUCCAGGCUCAACCAGGAUCUGAGGUUGGAGUUACCUCAGAAUUUGGGACGGGGCAUAGAGCUGGGGCAUGAUUUGAUGGCUCACAUGGAUGAUAGGCAGAUGGAGGGCAUCAUGGAGACGAGAAUGGUGCUAGAAGAACCUAGGCAGGUGGACCACCAGCACCAGAUCCCGCUGCCGUUCCACAUCAAGCUGGAACAGGACGAGGAGUACUUCUACGAGAACGUCAACCAGGUCAACCAAGCGAUCAACGUCAACGGAAUGGUUUCAGGUCAUAUUCCCGUUCACACAGAGCAUCAACAAACCAUACAUCAAGACCAAAUGUAUGUCUACAACAAUCAUGUGGGGGUCCCCGCUCUAAACUCCUUAGACCUCUACCCCAGACCCCAAAACUAUGUCCAAAGCUACGUUAACAAUGUCAGAGACAACCCAGAAAACUUAGUUGUCCAUAGACAAUUCGAGAACGCUAGUCCGUACGCAGAGGAAUUUAAAAAGUUAAGAGAAGAUGCCACAAAAGACGAGAAAAUCGAACAGCCGAAAGAAAACCAGAAACCGGACACGAAUAAGAUUCUAUUUUCAAAUUAUCAGAACGAUUUUGUUGCCAAGAAUGAAAACGAUUCAAGCGCUCAAAAUAAAAUAACUGAAGAAUUGUCUAUGAAUAUAAAGGGGGAAUAUUCCUGCUAUAAAUGUAAUGAUGUUUUCUCAACUAAAAGAGGUUUGAAGCAACACGCAAAAACAUGUACAGAGGCGAAUGAUCCUAUGGAGAAACUUGGGAAAUUCGUCUGUUCCCAAUGCCCUUAUAGAUGUCAAUCGCCGGCCAUUUUGAAAAUUCACGAAAGAACUCACACUGGAGAGAAGCCGUUUUCAUGUACGUUCUGCGAUUACAAGUCUGGACAGAAAAAUAACGUGGCUAAACAUAUUUUAGUUCAUAUGAAGGAAAAGCCUUUCCGGUGCCAGUAUUGUGAAUAUAGGUGUGCGCAGAAAAAUAACUUGGUUGUUCAUGAGAGAACGCAUACAGGGUACAAGCCGUUCGCUUGCCCUUACUGUGACUACCGCACCGUUCAGAAACCUAACUUGGUGAAGCAUAUGUAUCUGCAUACCGAUCAGAAACCAUUCUCGUGCGAUCAAUGCACUUACCGAUGUGUGCAGAAAACCAAUUUGACUAAGCAUAAGCAGAGGCAUUUGAACGAGAAAGGUGAGAAGGUGGAUUUGAAAAGUCAGACGAAGCCUUACAGGCCGAGGCAGAAAUCUGUGAAGUGUCCGCAGUGUCCGUACAAGUGUGUGCAAAAGUCUAGUUUGGAUAAACAUAUUGAGUUCAAGCAUGGUGCGGUGCAAGAUUUGAAUGUGGAACCACAGGCUAGUGAGAGUGAGGAGAUACAGAACUUAAGUGUGAAGAAAGAUUUUGAGUGCCAAGAGAAAAUGCAGGUUUCAUAGUGAUGGAGUGUUUACUA